CUCUGGCUAGUUCCCUUCUAAAGAGUAAUAUGGAGGAUGUCCUCUGAGUGAGUUGGGAAUAAUGAAAUUGCAAGGGAAAAUGAUACGUUAACGCUUUACGUUUCGAUGUUUGAACACUAUAUUUUCUAAAUCAACGAGUAACGUCGAUAUUUUGGAUAAUUUGGUCAAAGAAAGAAAAGGUUUUGUACGAUAGGGAGUCGCCAGUUUCCGACAUGAGUCUACGAUCUGGGAAGAAAGAUUCAACAAAGAUGAGGAUUCGGGCUUUUCCGAUGACUAUGGAUGACAAGUAUGUCGAAGACAUCUGGAACUUGCUGAAGAAUGCGAUCCAAGAAAUUCAGAAAAAAAACAAUAGUGGCCUUAGUUUUGAGGAACUCUAUAGGAAUGCUUAUACUAUGGUCUUGCACAAACAUGGAGAGCGGUUAUACUCUGGACUCAAACAAGUUGUGACAGAGCAUCUGGUUGAAAAGAUACGUAAGGAUGUUGUGGUUUCACUCAACAACAAUUUUCUGGACACAUUGAAUGCAGCUUGGAAUGACCAUCAGACUUCUAUGGUGAUGAUUAGAGAUAUUCUCAUGUACAUGGAUAGAGUCUAUGUUCAACAAAAUGGUGUUGAUAACGUCUACAACUUAGGAUUGAUCCUUUUCCGUGACUUGGUGGUGAGGUAUGGAAAUAUCAGAGAUCAUUUGUGUCAAACGUUACUCACACUGGUCAGAAGGGAAAGGAAAGGAGAAGUUGUUGACAGGAUGGCCAUUAGAAAUGCUUGUCAGAUGUUGAUGAUCCUGGGUAUUGACACAAGAAGUGUGUAUGAGGAGGAUUUUGAGAAGCCAUUCCUUGAAGAGUCUGCAGAAUUCUACAAGUUGGAAGGUCAAAAGUUCCUAGCAGAAAACAGUGCAUCUGUUUAUAUUCAGAAGGUUGAAACCAGAAUUAAUGAAGAAUCAGAACGGGCCAAACAUUACUUGGAUCCUACUACAGAAGAACCUAUUGUUAAGGUUGUGGAGGAGGAGCUAAUACGCAAGCACAUGAAAACAGUAGUGGAAAUGGAGAACUCUGGUGUUAUCCAUAUGCUAAAACACAACAAAAUAGAAGACCUGGCAAGGAUGUACCGCCUGUUUGUGAGAGUUAAGGAAGGGUUGAAGACUGUGUGUGAUUGCAUGAGGGGAUAUUUGCGGGAACAAGGCAAAGCUCUUGUUGUUGAAGAAGAAGGGGAAAGUGGUAAAAAUCCCAUGGCAUACAUUCAGAGCCUACUUGAGUUAAAAGACAGAUUUGACCAUUUCCUGAACAAUUCAUUCAAUAAUGACAAAUUAUUCAAGCAAGCCAUAUCUUCUGAAUUUGAACACUUCCUCAAUCUCAAUGGAAAAUCACCUGAGUUUUUGUCACUCUUUAUUGAUGACAAGCUGAAGAAAGGAGUGAAGGGGCUUUCUGAACAAGAAGUGGAAACAGUGUUGGACAAGUGCAUGGUGUUGUUCAGAUUUCUUCAAGAAAAGGAUGUUUUUGAACGGUAUUACAAGCAACAUUUGGCCAAAAGACUUCUUCUCGGAAAGAGCAUUUCAGAUGACUCAGAGAAAAACAUGAUUUCGAAGCUGAAGACCGAGUGUGGUUGUCAAUUUACAUCCAAGCUGGAGGGCAUGUUUAAAGACAUGACACUGUCACAUUCAACCAAUGAGGAAUUUAGAAAUCACAUUUCCAACAAUCAGAUCAAUCUGAUGGGUGUGGACCUUGUGGUGCGAGUCCUCACAACAGGGUUCUGGCCGACACAGUCCUCCUCACCAAAAUGUACAAUUCCUCCCCAGGCCCAGAAUGCCUUUGACUGCUUUAAAAGGUUCUAUUUAGGGAAUCACAGUGGAAGACAGCUGACUCUUCAACCACAGCUGGGAACGGCUGAGUUGAAUGCGACAUUUCCACCAUCCAAGAAAGAGGGUGGUCCCACGGAGACACGUCGACACAUUUUCCAGGUCUCCUCGUAUCAAAUGUGUCUGCUAAUGCUUUUCAACAUUCAAGAACGGUGGACAUAUGAGGAAAUAAGUCAGCAUACAGAAAUUCCAGAAAGAGAUUUAAACCGAGCGUUGCAGUCAUUAGCGUGUGGGAAAGCGACACAGCGGGUUCUAACUAAAGAUCCCAAAGGAAGAGACAUAUCACCAACGGAUAUGUUCUCAGUGAAUGAACAAUUUACGUCCAAAUUACACAGAGUAAAGAUACAGACAGUUCUCGCCAAAGGUGAAAUGGAACCCGAAAGAAAAGAAACCAGAAAUAAAGUGGAUGAAGACAGAAAACAUGAAAUUGAAGCAGCUAUUGUUCGAAUAAUGAAGGCACGGAAGAAGAGACCGCAUAAUCUCCUUGUAGCAGAGGUAACAGAACAGCUCAAAGCUCGAUUCAUGCCCAGUCCACAAGUUAUUAAGAAGAGAAUUGAAGGUUUGAUUGAAAGGGAAUACUUAGCCAGGACCCCUGAGGACAGGAAAGUCUACGUUUACGUUGCGUAAGAAGGAUUAUCACCAAUCGAACUCAGACCUAACAAUCAGACGCUACUCGGAACGCAAACAAGCUGCUACUGUAACUCAAAGGUUUAACUUACUCUCUAUAAUUCCUUGGACAUGAACAAGCUCGCGUUAAAAUGGAUUUGUCUGCCUGUGGACAGCUGCCGUUCCCAUACACGUUUUUUUCUUUUCAGUCAUGGUUUUAAGUUCUCAGAAAGUUUUGAGGAAAUUUUUGAAAACGUAAGGUAUCGUAUUAUUAUGGAGGUUUUGCACAGCAGCCAUGUUGGAUGGCAGGAACAAUGAAAAUAUUUUGCAUAAGAAAGAAUAUUUUUUCCCAUGGGUAAAAUAAUCUAUUGUUCCUGCCAUCCAACAUGGCUGCUGUGCAAAACCUCUAUUGACGUAAUAAAACGGUUCUAUUCUGUAAUGUGGGAAAAAAGGAAAGAAGCAGAAGUACGUGAAAUGGCGUCACGCCAUUUGGAUGAAGUGUCAUGCAGCAUAUUACAUGACUUGAUUAUGACGUGGUCACAACAACUGAGGAGAAAGCCUGUAUGUUUGACCUGCUCAAGUAGUUAGAGAUGAAUUUGGUGAAAUCUUUCAAGAAAAGUCUCACCGGAAGGUGAUGUUUGACUGUGGCUUUGGGGCAUCCAACUAGAAACAUGUCAGCCUUAAGAAACAGUAGCGCUUCUACGUCAUCAAUUGCUUGUAAUGGAGUUUAGAACAUUUUAAAUGAUGUUGCACGAGCCUCGCGUGGAACUCGUCUAGCGUGCAGAUUUCUGAGGAACAAAUGCAUUUUGGGAAAAUUGGACGGCCUAAGCCGUUCCGUUAAAGCAAACAGAUUGGCUUUUGUUGAACUUUUAUUUUGUAAAAAUUGCGCGCUGGGUAAUUUUUCCAGUGCUGUUGUAGACAAUGAUUAUGUGUAAGUCAUGUAAAAUUCUUAGGUAAAGAAUAAACUAUUCAGUUUAUGAAGAAAAUAGCGAGGAA